GGCCCCGCCCCCCGCUCGGCGUCGGCUGCGUCUCCGGCAUUUGAAUCGCGCUUCCGCCAUCUUUCCAGCCUCAGUCGGACGGGCGCGGAGACGCUUCUGGAAGGAUCGCCGCGAUGGCCGCGCAGGGGGAGCCGCAGGUGCAGUUCAAGCUCGUGCUGGUGGGCGACGGCGGCACCGGGAAGACGACGUUCGUGAAGCGCCACCUGACCGGCGAGUUCGAGAAGAAGUACGUAGCCACCCUGGGCGUGGAGGUCCACCCGCUCGUGUUCCACACCAACAGAGGGCCCAUCAAGUUCAACGUCUGGGACACGGCGGGCCAGGAGAAGUUCGGCGGCCUGCGGGACGGCUACUACAUCCAAGCCCAGUGUGCCAUUAUAAUGUUUGACGUGACAUCAAGAGUCACUUACAAGAACGUGCCUAACUGGCACAGAGAUCUGGUACGAGUGUGUGAAAACAUCCCCAUCGUGCUCUGUGGCAACAAAGUGGACAUUAAGGACAGGAAAGUGAAGGCAAAAUCUAUUGUCUUCCACCGAAAGAAGAAUCUCCAGUACUAUGACAUCUCGGCCAAAAGUAACUACAACUUUGAGAAGCCCUUCCUCUGGCUCGCUAGAAAGCUCAUUGGAGACCCUAACUUGGAGUUUGUUGCCAUGCCUGCUCUUGCCCCACCAGAGGUUGUCAUGGACCCUGCUUUGGCAGCCCAGUAUGAGCAUGAUUUAGAGGUUGCUCAGACAACUGCUCUACCAGACGAGGAUGAUGACCUGUGAGAAGAUGAAGCUGGAGCCCGGCGUCAGAAGUCUAGUUUUAUAGGCAACUGUCCUGUGACGUCAGCGGUGCCGCGUGUGUGCCACUUUACUAAAAUCUAGCUAAGCAGACAUGUGCUUCAUUUGUGGAAUGCUGAAGGAGAUGAAUGGGCUUCGGAGCGAAUGUGGCAGUUAAAAAAAAUACCUUCAUUUUUUGGACCUGCAUAUUUAGCUGUUUGGAACGCAGUUGUUUCCUUUUUGAGUUUCAAAUAUGACUGCUACAGUCACAUCACAAUAUUGAGUGGUGAACUUGUUACUGUCAUUCCUUUAGCACCAGAAUAAACUUGUAUUUCAAAUAUC